GUAACAACACUGGUUAACACUAGCAACAAGGGCCCCUCUAAUAAAAAGCGAGGGCGUUCUAAAAAAGCUCAUGUUUUGGCUGCUUCAGUUGAACAAGCAACAGAGAAUUUCCUGGAGAAAGGAGACAAAAUUGCCAAAGAGAGCCAGUUCCUUAAAGAGGAGCUGGUAGCAGCAGUGGAAGAUGUUCGUAAGCAAGGCGAGCUGAUGAAGAGCGCUUCGGGGGAGUUUGCAGACGACCCCUGCUCCUCGGUGAAGCGAGGGAACAUGGUCCGUGCAGCCCGUGCCCUCCUCUCCGCCGUCACUCGGCUGCUGAUUCUGGCGGACAUGGCAGACGUCUACAAGCUGCUCGUUCAGCUCAAAGUGGUGGAAGAAGGUAUCUUGAAACUAAGAAAUGCUGGCACGGAGCAGGAUUUGGGUAUCCAGUACAAGGCCCUCAAACCAGAAGUGGACAAGCUUAAUAUAAUGGCAGCAAAAAGACAACAGGAAUUGAAAGACGUGGGUCACCGUGAUCAAAUGGCAGCAGCCAGAGGAAUCCUGCAGAAGAAUGUUCCCAUCCUCUAUACAGCGUCCCAGGCUUGUCUGCAGCACCCUGACGUCGCUGCUUACAAGGCCAACAGGGACUUGAUCUACAAACAGCUUCAGCAGGCGGUCACGGGCAUCUCCAACGCAGCUCAAGCCACUGCAGCAGAUGAUGCUGCCCAGCAGCAGGGUGGAGGUGGAGAGCUGGCUUAUGCUCUAAACAACUUUGAUAAACAAAUUAUUGUGGAUCCAUCGACCUUCAGCGAAGAACGUUUUAGGCCUUCCCUGGAAGAGCGCCUGGAGAGCAUCAUUAGUGGAGCAGCCCUGAUGGCUGAUUCAUCCUGCACACGUGAUGACCGACGGGAACGUAUCGUUGCCGAGUGUAAUGCGGUGCGACAGGCCUUGCAGGAUCUGCUUUCAGAGUACAUGGGGAAC